UUACUGUACAAAAAUCACUGGUGUGGAAUUUUCUUUACAAUUUGGAAUUGAAAUAAGAAAUGAGGAUUCACAUUGAAAAAAGUGACCCUGUAUCAUCGAACAUAUUUGUUUUUCAGGUGGGUUUGGAGAAAAGGAUCUCUCCAGAUAUGCUCCUAACUUACAUGACUACGGGAGUAUUAUUACAAAAAAUAAUCAGGAACAAAUCGUUGCAACAAUAUACGCACAUCAUCAUCGACGAAAUUCACGAGAGGAACAAAGAUUUGGAUUUUUUGUUGCUGAUCGUCCGGAGAUUUUUAUUCACUAAUUCGUCUAGAACGAAGAUUAUACUAAUGUCCGCUACUAUCGAAGCUGAACAGUUCGCGCAUUACUUCAGAUGUCAGAGUUAUGCUGCGCCCAUAAUUUAUGUCAACAAAGAGAAUUUCUAUACCAAAACCACUUUUUACUUGGAAGACAUCGAUGUUCGUCCUGUAUCGGAUGGAAGUAAUUUCGAGCUCGACAAGCCUGAAAUCUCCGAGGAUAUGUGGAAGGUGUUCACCCUACUGGUAGCCAUCCUUUGGAAGUUGGAUGCCUCGAAUCCCCUCACCAAUCAGAAAAUCAUCGGCAGCGUGUUGGUGUUCCUGCCCGGUAUCAACGAGAUAGAGGAGGCGCACAAGCGACUGCUGAAGCACUACGAAGAGUUGCUGCGCGACAGCUCGGCAAGUACCACGGGCGACCCCAAAACCAAGUGGGAGAUCAUCCCGUUGCACUCGUCGCUGCCCAAUGACGAGCAGGCGAGGGCGUUCAAGCCCGCCAAGGCCGGCAGCAGGAAGAUCAUCCUGUCGACCAACAUCGCCGAGAGUUCCAUCACCGUGCAGGACUCCUACUACGUGAUCGAUUUUUGCAUGACCAAAGUGAUGACCGUCGAUCCGAUCACCAAAUACAUGAGCCUCAAACUAGAAUGGGCAUCUCAUGUCAAUUGCGACCAAAGGGCCGGUAGGGUGGGCCGAAUUGGAAACGGCAGAGUGUAUCGGCUGGUGCCGAGGUCCUUUUACCAAUAUAAAUUGCCGCGGAAGAGUAUUCCCGAGAUAAUACGAGCACCGCUGGAGACUACGGUCCUUCAGGCCAAGAUGCUUAAUUUGAACGACUCACCUCAGCAGAUACUAGCUCUCGCUAUGAACCCACCGAAUUUGAAGAAUAUUGAGUUGACCAUACUCAGUCUGAAAGAGAUCGGUGGGUUGCUGCAAACUUGCAGGGGCAAAUUUUCCGCAUCCGACGGGGACAUAACGUUUUUGGGAACUGUGAUGGCUUCCCUGCCUAUCGACGUUCAUCUGUCGAAAUUGAUCGUGCUCGGACAUCUGUUCAGUUGUCUAGAAGAAGCUAUCAUUAUGGCUGCUGGAUGUUCAAUUCAGAACAUUUUCUCAAUACCAUUUCAACAGAGAUUCAAUGCUUACAAGAAGCUAUUGUUAUGGGCUGACGGGUCUUUUAGUGAUCUUAUUGCUCUGCUGAAUUUGUAUCAGGUGUGGCAAUCGUGCAAAAGGGAGAACCACUUCGACAGCUUCCAGAGCGAGCUCAGAUGGUGCUCCAUGAACCUGGUGAGCCUGAAAGGGCUGAGGGAGUGGAACCUGUUGGUGAUCGAGAUCAAACAGCGGCUCGACUUUCUGAACAUCAAGUCCAUACCGGGACAGAUCCAUCUCAAGCACGACGAGAAGCCUCUCAUCAUCAAGAUCAUCACAGCCGGAGCUUUCUACCCGAACUUCUUCGUCCGAGCGCCCGAUUGCGUCCAGCAGGAUGAACGGGAGGCGGUCAAGAUGGUGGGCGGUCGCAAUCCCUUCCAAUCGGUCUAUUUCACCGGACUGGACCCCACGCAGCCGGGACCACUAUACAUCAGGCAAAUCAAGGAUCUGUUGAGGAAUGACAGAGAAAGCGCCGGAGACAUGGCGAUAGGUUUCGAUGGCAGCACGAAGAUAUACGUGGAGUUCAAGAACAAGGACAGAAAAAGACAGCAGGUGACUGUGUCUGUGGAUGGUAGGUCGAUGGUCACAGAUACCAUCCCGGGCCGGAUACCGAAGGAGGUAUACGAGGCGGUAAGGAAGAGACAGCUGAAGGACCGGUUCGAGCUCAAAGUGUUGCCGGUUCAGGAUGCUUGGAAUUGGGCGGAAAAGAAUGGGAUAAAGAGGAAGACUACUCUGCAAAAGUUCGAGGAAUAUUCCAUUCCAGAAAAUUCGGAAAGGAAUUGUUUUACAGAAGAUGAUUAUUCUCCUAUACCAGCACUUGAUAUUCAAUUCAUCAAUAUUAAAAUCACCGAGCACAUCGACGCCGCCCAUUUUUGGGCCAACACGCUCGACAGCGAGAUCCAUCUCGGGAAAAUCGAGGAAACUCUGAACAAGACGGUGCUGCACGAGGUGCUGGCGGUCGGUGGACGGGUCGAAUUGGGAAAGAUCUACGCCGCCCGGUAUUCGGAGGACAACAUGUUCUAUCGGUGCCAGGUCAUCAAUCUGAACGACAAAAUGGCCCAGGUGAUCUUCAUCGACUACGGCAACAUCCAGCAGAUGCCGCUCUACGGCCUCUACUUGCUGCCCGACCGGCCCGAGUGCCUCUUACCGCCCUUGGGCGUCGAGUGCAUCCUACACGGCGUCCAGCCCUCGAUGAAGCUGAACCCGAAGGGCCUGUGGACCGAGCAGGUGAACGAGCACUGGAAGAACCAGACCUACAACGUGCUGCUGUUCGGCCAGGUCCAUUCCGUGGUCGACAACGUCGUCUAUCUGGUGGUGUACAAGAGCGAUCCGGGAAGGAAACAAAUCAAAUCCUUGAACCAGAUGAUGCUGGACUUGGGCCAUGCCGAGCCGGCCGUCGAGAGUUUCCUCUCCAAGGAGGACCACGCCAAAAGGGAGAAGGUGCACAGAGCUGAUAAUCCCAAUCAGGAAGCGGUUAGGCUUAGCCACGACAAGGUAGAAAGUUACCAUGAUUUUGAAGGUCCGAAGCUUGGGUCGAAUUGCAAGACCAUCGAGCUCAAAGGGCCUUACAGCCCUUUGGAGAUGAGAUUGUACGGAUGCAUCGAGAGUUCCGCUGACAAAUCCGUAGAGAUCGAGGGCAACUCCAUCAAUACGGUGCUGUUGGAUAGCGAGCCCCAAGAUUACCAUACCAGGUUGCUGGUAGCGGGAUACGUCAGCCAAUCGGCGACGGGCAGCCGCAUCAAACUCCGUCAAACCACCCUCAUGCCCAACGUGCCCGGCCUCCCCAUGCUACUCACCCUCAUCUUCUGUCCGACCAUGAGACCCAAGGUGACCGAGGACGUGACGAGGGUGGCGUCGCUGCUGUGCGGCCUCGGGUUCAAUCCCUACACCGACAAGCCGUUCUAUCCGGCGCACGAUCUGGUCAUGACGUUGGAUACCGAGUUGACGGAGGACGAGAUAAAUCAGAUCAAUAGAAUUCGAUUUUAUAUGAACCAAGGUAUGAAAUUGAUGUACGAGUUGACGCAAGAAGUAUUGAAUCAAGAAGAGUUGGUCAGGACACAGAAAGCCCUCAAGAAGGAUUUAGUAGACCUGAUAUACGCCCACAGAAAGCCGGUGCAAAGGAUGAACGUAAAGUACGCGAACGUGUGGAGCAAGAACAUGGUCGACACCGUCACCUUGAAGCCGAACGUCAGCGAGGAGUCCGAGGACAUUUGGCCUUUGCUGUGGUUCGUCCGUCUGAACAAGACGGGCGAGUACAGCACGCAGAUCGCCAAGAAUCUCGACGAGUUGCAGGAGAUUGCGAGAACGUAUGUCCCUACAAUAGAAUCACAAUGUCAUUUGUGUCAGACGCUCUUUGUGACCGUUCACGAAGUGCGGAGACAUCUCAUCACAAAGGAACACAAACAAAACGUUUCCGACUACUACGAGCAGUUGCAAGAGCUUAACAGAUGCGAAGACCCCGUGGAUUAA